AUGUCUACCGAUACAGUGAAGUUUUCCAAGUUGUUCGAGAACGCGGUGCUCAAGGUCCAGGUGGUCAUCGCUGGUGAGACGCACGCCUACGAGUUUCCGGCCACCUCGACCGUCGAUCAUGUCAAAUACGAGAUCUUCAAGAGGACGCCCACGCUCAAAGGCAAGGAGCUCAACGACUACUUUCUCGCCUUGAACGAGGAUGACGUGUUGCACGUCGAGUUCGUCAAACUCGUUUGGUCGCACGAACAAAUACACAACGCCUUCCUCGGCGAGACGCCCGUGCAGCUACAGCUGCAGCCGCGCGACAAGUUCGAGUUGUAUGGCGGCAAGAAGGGGAGCAGCGUGCGACCGGCGGGCAGUCGAAGAGACCCGCCGAAGCCCGCCGACAACCUGUCGACAACAAAACCCACCACGACCGCACCCGACACAGUCGACGUCAUCCUGAGCGACUUCACAUCACGGUUGGACAAACUGUUCGAUGACGCCAAGAGCACGCUGACGGCCGCCGAGGAGGCAGCGAUCGGCGAAAAGCUGCGAAGGCUCAACGGCAACAAGAACGACGCCAUCGCGCACCUCGAAAAGGUGCUGGAGGCCCUGCGCAAGGGCGCGGGCGAGGCGCGACUGCUUCACAAGGCUGAGCUCUCCUCGCUGCCGGCCGAAGACGACGUCAAACCCACGAACGGUCACAGUGACAGUGCCGACGCUGAGGCCGAGCAGGUCAUCGAGGUGCAGCACGCAAGCGGCGAUCGAGCUGCAGCUGUGGAUGGUGGUGAGUUGGAGCAGGCCAAGGCAAGGCCCGCGUUGAUGACGUCGUCGUCUUCCUUCCCGUCGCUCCCCUCCAUUUUCGACGACCGACCCCUGGCCGGCACGCCGCAGCCGUUCCGCAAGUACGGCGCGCGCGACCGAGCGGGCUCGCCGACCGGCAACCAGCUCCCGCAGCAGCGACAGCCCGCCACCGGCAGCGGCGGAUCGAUUCCCCUCACAUCACAGCGCUCGCGCAAGGAGUCGUCGCCCACCGCCCGGCGCCGGCCAGCGCUGGCGCUGGGAAGCUCGGGCACGAUACCGCCUGAGGAGACCAAUGGCCGACUGAAGAGCACCUACUUCAACCCACAGGUCCGCAAGAUCGCGCUUGGGUCCCAGCGAACCUCGAGAAUGGAAAAACUGAGGAACAUUCAAAUCGGGUCUCUGAUCGGCAAGCCCCUCGGGUGGACCAGCGGCGAGGAGGAAGUGCGCGACUUCCGUGCGAAGAUGGCGCGACUGUUCGACUUUGACAACUGGGAGCUGGGCGAAAAGGGAUUCGCCAACAUCCAGCAGCCGUUCCGCAAGUACGGCGCGCGCGACCGAGCGGGCUCGCCGACCGGCAACCAGCUCCCGCAGCAGCGACAGCCCGCCACCGGCAGCGGCGGAUCGAUUCCCCUCACAUCACAGCGCUCGCGCAAGGAGUCGUCGCCCACCGCCCGGCGCCGGCCAGCGCUGGCGCUGGGAAGCUCGGGCACGAUACCGCCUGAGGAGACCAAUGGCCGACUGAAGAGCACCUACUUCAAUCCACAGGUCCGCAAGAUCGCGCUUGGGUCCCAGCGAACCUCGAGAAUGCCCCUCGGGUGGACCAGCGGCGAGGAGGAAGUGCGCGACUUCCGUGCGAAGAUGGCGCGACUGUUCGACUUUGACAACUGGGAGCUGGGCGAAAAGGGAUUCGCCAACAUCCAGCAGGUGCGGGUGAAGCUCCACUUCCCCUCGGGCUCGCUCGUGCGCACCCUGCUCUGCUCCGCCGACGACACCGUCUAUGAUUUGGUGGCGACUGGUCUGUCGAGCGUCAAGAUCCGACAGGCGAUGUCCAUCUCGGGCGAAGUCGGCGACUACCUGGUCAAGAUCUGCGGAUACUCGUGGUACAUUCUCAACCUCGACACCAAGCUGCGGAGCGUGGACUACGUGCGCGAGAGCAUCAAGCGCAACAAGGAGGUCGAGUUCGUCCUGGUCGAGCGGUCCUCCUUCAAACGAACCGAUCUCCAGGAACUGGUCUACCUCGACCACUUCCAGGACGUCGAUUUGGGGAUGGACACCGAGCCGUUCGAUGACGACGAAGAUCCGUCCCUCGCCGGCGGAUUCGGUGAGAAGAAACACAUCCCGCUCUCUGAAAUCAAGCGCAACUUUGAGCUUAGGGUCAUUUGCCUGGAGGAUGCGGACUUUGGCGAGGUGCCAGCGAUGCAGCAGCUCCCCAAGGGCGUGCCCGUCCACUUCUACGUCUCUGCUGCUCUCUACCACGGCGGCGAGAGUUUGGCGCCGGAGAUGAAGACGACCGCCACGCCGUCGAUGCUCUGGUGUCAGUGGCUGCGGCUCAACCUCCAGAUGUGCCAAAUUCCCAAGGCCACACGUCUGUGCCUAUCGCUGAUGGGCGUCAACCCCAACGACGGGUCCGAGUUCCCGCUCGGGUGGGUGAACCUCAACCUCGUCGACUACAACGGCAACCUUCGCAUGGGCGUCACCUCUCUCAAUCUCUGGCCGGGCGAAAAGGCCAACCCCAUCGGCACGUGCGUGCCGAACUACAAGUCGAAGAAUCCGAUCAAGCUGAUCGUGGAGCUCUACAAAUUCCCACACGUGGUCAAGUACAAGCGACCAAUCCUCGUCGCCCCGGCGUACGAGGACAAUCCCUACCCGCGAGCGCCGGAACGCAAGCGACUGGUCCACAUCAUCUCGCAAGAUUCGCUCCACAUGCCCAGCAGCGAGGAGAAGAAACUGCUGUGGGAGUACCGCCGCACGCUGGCGCCCAACCCCAAGGCUCUCGCCAAGGUGUUAAUGGCCAUCAACUGGUCGCGACCCGAGGACGUGGCCGAGGCCCACCGCAUGCUCACCUACUGGACGCCGUUGUCGCCCAUCGAAGCACUCGAGUUGCUCGAUGCCUACUUCGCCGACGAGGUGGUGCGCGAGUACGCUGUCGCCAAGCUUUGCCAGCUCUCGUUGGACGAGUUGCAGGCCUAUCUUCCCCAGCUCACACAGGUCCUCAAAUACGAACCCUACCACGAUUCAGCACUGGCGCGUUUCCUGUUGGCUGCUGCCUUCCGGCAUCGACCGACGAUCGGCCACUUCUUUUUCUGGCAUCUUCAGGCCGAGCUGCAAGUCUACCUGCGCGGAUGCGGUCAACAGCGGGAGGGCCUCCUCAAGCAGAUGGAGGUCUCCUCCAAGUUGGGCCGCAUCGCCAACCUCAUGAAACCCCUUCCCUUCAAGGAGCGCAAGCAGGCGCUUCAAAACGAGCUGGUGGCUGCGGGUCUGCCCUCCCACUUCAUUCUGCCCAUGAACCCGGCCUUGGAGGCACGAGAUCUGAACUGCGACGAGUGCAAGACCCUCGAGUCCUUCACCGCGCCGCUGUUCCUGUCGUUUGACAACAACGACCCGGCGGGCAGCCCGUUCAAGGUCAUCUUCAAGGCGGGCGACGAUCUGCGCCAGGACAUCCUCAUCCUGCAGAUGUUCGGGAUCAUGGAUCGGUUGUGGAAGAAGCACGGGCUGGACCUGCACAUGACCCUCUACGGAUGCACCGCCACCGGCGAGGCGGCCGGGUUCAUCGAGGUGAAAGCUGGCGGUGCGUCGGCGGUGUUCAAGGACUCGGUGCUCACCAACUGGCUCAAGAAAUACAACCCACAAGAGGACCAGUGGGCGGGCGUGGAGGACAACUUCAUCCGAUCGUGCGCCGGCUACUGCGUGGCCACCUAUGUGCUGGGUAUCGGGGAUCGUCACAACGACAACAUCAUGGUGACGUACAGCGGGCACCUGUUCCACAUCGACUUUGCCCACUUCCUGGGCAACAUGAUGGAGUGGAAGGGCUUCAAGCGAGAAACCGCUCCCUUCGUGUUCACGCCGCAGUUCCUGCACGUGAUGGGCGGAGAGAAGGGCGCCGGGUUCCAGCGCUUCGUGUCGCUCUCGUGCCUGGCCUACAACAUCAUCCGCCGCUACGCCCACAUGCUGUCGACGGGCAUCAAGGAGUUGAAGGGGGUGGAGGAUCUGCACUACUUGCGCGAGGUGCUGGCGUUGAACAUGUCCGACGAGAAGGCGGCCGAGUACUUCACCACCAAGAUCUACGAGUCGCUCAAGACCAAGCGCACCCAGUUCAACGACGCCAUCCACAUCCUCGCCAACAACAAGAAGAACGAGUGA